CUGUAAAUAUAAAAGCUAAAACAAUCAUAAGUCAUUUUAGUGGAGCAAGUGCACAUAAUGUAGUGAACUACCUGUCUACGAUGUGAUCGUGAAGCACGUUCGACGGGCGACGAACGGCGCCCAGAAUGGGAUAAUAACCUAACAGGACGAGGCUGCGAUGGCGCUGACUGGACUCCCCUGAGAAAGCGCAUGAGUUUACUGCUCGGAGGGUCGGUAAAAGCGGAAAUAUGUCAGGCGAGUUCCCGUUUACAGUGAAGAUAGUGAGUCCUGUAAAGUGCAAUGAGAAACCUUGGGACCUAUGGGUCAGUGAGAUAGGUCACCUGUCACCACGGCGGGACGAUGAGGCGACGUUCGCGACGCCGGCGGAGGCUAAAGUCGGCGUCUCCGCCCGGCGAGCCCACGAUUCCCACCCCUACAAAGCGCCGGGACCCGCAAGGUACCGCCGCGCGGGAGUCAACCGCCUUAAGUACGAGAGCAUGAGCCUCCAUGGACUGUUCCCCCAAAUGGACAAUUUAAAUGCAGCCGUGUGUCACAUGUGUGGUGUAGUAGUAAAGUGCAGUGCAGCAUACAGACAUUUGUUAGAGUACCAUACGGACUCUGAACCGAUACUUCCGCCGCCCGCAGCGCCCACCGUCAAGCUCAAAGUUGCCAACCGGAGUCGGCAUAAAAAAGAUAUUCCACCCGCACCUCUUCCCAUAGAUUUGCUACCAGUAAAAAUGGAGACUUCACCAGUACACACUGCCACAGCUCCCCUUUCGAGGAUAGUGUUACCACAGCCAGAAUUGUACCUGGAUGAAGCCAGCACUUCUGCCUCGGUCACGGGUGAGGUGCAGGUCUGUGUGGAGAGCGGAGAACUACCAGUUGUCAGUAUACAGGACACAGAGGAUUUGCCCCUUGGUGAAAACAUUACAGACGACAUCUUUGAAAUUAUGAACUCAGAAGGUAUUCAAAGAGCAGACGAUUUAACAAACCCAACAGACUGGAAAAACAUUAUCAGAGAUAUAGGCAAUAUGCAAGACAUUAACUUUUCACAAACCACCGAUACUCAGUCGCAAGAUAUGUACACAUCCAUAGAUACAUCAUUACCGACUUACGCAUUAAGUGACCCUGACUUAUCAAGUUUACAAUUCGGGCCGAAUGUGUCGCCAAUGGUGUCAUCUGUAGUAGAGACUAAUGUAGUCAACAUCAAUCAACAAGCUUUAAAACCAGUGACGCCGAGUGUCCAAACCGCUUCUGUUACGUCGAAAUCACAAUCGAGGUCGAAAACGAGUAAAACGAAAUUUAAUUUACGAGAAUACGAUCCGAACAAACACUGUGGGGUAGCUACGGCCGAGAACCCUAAGCCAUGUACGAGGUCGCUGACCUGCAAGGCGCACGCUUUGUCGCUUAGGAGAACGGUGGAAGGGCGCUCGAAACCUUUUGACACUUUACUGGCGGAACAUCGAGCAUCACGCGACGCCAACGCCAAUGCAGCCAGCGCGCCUGUACCCGUAGCGGUGCAAGCGCCGGUCGCAUCGUCCGCGCCCGCACCUGCCGCCGCCGUCCCGCUCAACAUCCCACCGCUCCUAGUCAAUUCCCAACUGGACCUCGGGUACAAUGGCCUCACUGCCGAGCAGCAGGUCAACGAUAUCUACGCGAGCCUCCUCAGCGUGGAGGACCCCAACGCAAUGCUGCCUGACACAUCGAGCAUCACGUCGUUUCUCACUCAAACACUGCCAACUGACCUCCUUUUACCAGACGACGCUGAUAUUCAGCCUGACGUGCCCAUACUCAGCAUAGCAUCUCCAGUAGAAAACGCGCCCCUGGCGCGGCUAGACGACAAACUAGAUGAGGGUCCUCCGCUACUUGUACCCGGCGAUGUGUGUUGGUAUUCAGCGUGUCCGCGCCCGCUUGCGCUUUGCACGUUCAACGCGUCGCACGCAGGCGGCGCCAUCACUCUAGGAAAAAAAUUCGCGACCGUCCGAAGCAAUAUAAAAUCCUCUUUAUCGCGGUCGCAGUGUAAAUCGACGGGCGGUACGAACAAUUAUUACUACGGCCAAAACGCCCUGUCGUUGUCCAAAACAGUGCAUAUGAACGCUAGUAAAACUAAUAAGCCUGAAGUGCGCAAACUAAUAGUGACGUGUAGUGCUUCGGGGAGCGGGAAGGAGGUUCAGCAGACGCUGAGCGACUUGUUCGCAGGAGACGUGCGGCACGCGCUUAACGGACACGUGGCGCACGAGCGCAAGGGCCAACUGGGUCAGCUGGGUCAGUUGAGUCAGCUAGGCCAACUGGGCCAGCCCGCGGGCGCCAUGAAGCACGCCAAGCGCGCCCCGCCCAACGUGUUCGACCUCGGCUUCUCGCUCGACCCCCUCCUCGCCGACGAGAAGUGUUGAGCCGAACACUCUAUAAGCAAUCACCGGUUGUGUAGUCACUUUUAAUGUACAUCUAUUUUCUGUAAAAUCGAUUUGGACUCACUUUGUAAAUGUAAAAUAAUCACGAAUUUUCCCGAAAGGAAUUUAAUGUUACGAUAAUGUUAAAUCUCAUUUUUCUUUUCUUCGAGAAGCGAACUAAUGUUUGUAUUAUUUUGUAUAUUAUUUAUAAGACUUUUUUUUAAAAAACGUUCCUCGUGCGGACGACAUGUGUCAAUGAAGAAUUAAAAAUAGAUUAAUAAUACAGAAUGGUUGUAUUUUUUCGAAAUGGCAUAUUACUCAUUGUUGAUACUGAAUUGAUUACUGAUUUAAAUGGCCUAGGAUAUGUUAAUUGUUUAAUGUGAUGAAAAUUUCCAUGUAAAAAUAUAAAUAUUAUUUAAAGUAAGUCUAUCAGUAAUAGUAAAUCGCCUCCUCUUGAAAAUAA